UCCAUCGUUCGUUCGUGUAAAGCGUUUGAAGUCUUCUUCUUCUUCUUUCUCAAUGUGUGUUGAUUCGAUUCCAUUUGUUCUUUCAGUAGAAAUUCCAAAAGUGCAUAUGGCGUCUCAUUAAACUACCUGUUCCGCUGACAUCAUUAAAUAAUAUAUUUUUUAACUCAUCGAUGGUGAAAAUUUCAUAAAAAAUAUAAUUGUUCGAAACAUAUGAAUACGUAGUACGAAUUAAACAAUUACAGAUUGAUAGUGCAAACGAUAUCAACGUCGUAACGAGAGAAAUUUUUUUUAAAUAGUUCUGGCUCUCAUUUUGAAAGUUCAGUUCUCUACAUUGCUUUAGUUUCAGUCAGCCACGCAAUCGCAAUCGCAAUGGAUAGCCCAUGUGAAUCGGAAAGCUCAUUGGAUGGCGGAGUUAUGUUACCGCCGAGUCCAGUAUCACGUGAACAAUUACAAAAGCGCAUCGAAAGUCUUACUCAACAAAAUAGAGUACUUAAGGUUGAAUUGGAAACAUAUAAAAUACGCGUGAAAGUACUACAAGAGGAGAAUCGAUCACUUCGACAGGCUUCUGUGAUAAUUCAAGCAAAAGCCGAACAAGAGGAAGAAUACAUUUCGAAUACUUUAUUGAAAAAGAUAACAGCAUUAAAAAAAGAAAAGGAAACACUGGCCCAUCAUUAUGAGACUGAAGAGGAAUGUCUAACUAAUGAUUUGUCGCGAAAAUUGGACCAAUUGCGUCAGGAAAAAUGUAAAUUGGAGCAGACACUAGAGCAGGAGCAAGAAUGUUUGGUCAAUAAAUUGAUGCGUAAAAUUGAAAAACUUGAAGCUGAAACAUCGGCCAAACAAUCGAAUUUGGAGCAAUUGCGCCGCGAAAUGGUCGAAUUAGAAAACACAUUGGAGCAGGAACAAGAGGCUUUGGUAAAUAAACUAUGGAAACGAAUGGACAAAUUGGAGACAGAAAAACGAUCAUUACAAAUUAAAUUAGAUCAACCGGUAUCCGAUCCAACGAAUCCAACGACAUUUAAAGAUACCAGCAAUGGUGAUACGGCCACGAAUCUCAGUUCACACAUACAACAUUUACGAUCGGAGGUAUUACGAUUACGCAGCAAUUUAAUGGACGCCCAAAAAGAGACCAAUCAAAAGAUGCAACAAUUUGCCCAAGAAGAAAAAACAAUUCGUGAAGAAAAUCUACGACUACAACAAAAGCUACAGGCUGAAGUUGAACGACGCGAACGACUUUGUCGACAUCUAUCCGAAUCAGAAUCCUCAUUGGAAAUGGAUGAGGAGCGCUUUUAUAAUGAAAACUUUAAUUUAGCAAAUCAUCGACAGCGCACAAUAAGUAGCCCGGUACCAAAUAGCCCGUCCAGUAGUCGUCCAUUGAGCCCGGGUAGUGUGGCAUCCGGUCGUUGCUACGCUUGCGGUCAACUAUUGGGCCGACGAACAAGCGAGCGUUUUAUAAAGCCAGCUGUGCCAACAACAUCACUUUGCUUGAACACAUCAGCACCGAAUGUGAUGUCGUCCAUGUCUUCGGGCAGCGGCUCAAAUCCACUGAAUAUAGGCUUACACAAUGUUACACUGCCAGCUAAUAUUAACAAUUCAAAUGCAUUUGCAUCGUCAAACAACGCAUUGACACAACCAGCAAGUCCAAUGGACACAUCGGCUUACACAAAAGACUAAACUCAAACUUAAUUAGAACAAGGGGAAAAACGACAUUAAAAAAUGGACACAUACACAUACACACGACUAUGAAAUCAAUUUAAAUCCAUAACUAAGCUAAAAUGUUAAUGAGGUAUGAACAUAUUUCGCAGGGAGAAACACCACAUCAACAUUACUUACACAUAAAAAAAAAUCCAUGAACACAAGUUUUCGAGAUGAGAAGAGGCCACAAAUAAUCAGUUUAAAAAGAAGAACUUACUUUUUUUUUUAAUUUUUCCAUCAUUUCUUAUAAUUAUAAUCAUUUUUUAUCGUCGUCGGUGUUAGAAAUUCUUCAUUAAAAUGUUUCGAUGGAUUUGUGCAGUAAAAGAGAAGGUGAUUUAAACUCUAUUUGUUGAUAUAAUCAAAAUCCACUGCAGAAAAUUCUAAAACGAAUAAGUGAAGAAAAGAAUUUAGUUUAUGUAAAUACAUGAAAUGCAACUAAAUAAUGAUAAGAUAAAUAAAGCAACAAAACAAAUUGUAACAACAUCAUCAUCAACAAAUCAACAACACCAAAUCAAACAAUUAUAAGUAAACGAUUGAUUCGAUCAGUUAUUGUUAGAAUUAAAUGUAAAAGACUCAAUGCGUCAAACGACUGAAACCAGAAAUCAACGUCGAUGAUAUACUUUCUUUUAUGACUAAUGUCUGAUUAAAAAUUAUUAUUUAAACUCAUAAAAAUGAAAUGAAAAUAUUUCAUGUUCAUCAAAUGAAACAUAUAUCCGAAAGGAUUGGAUAUCCUUUUGCAGAAGGAGUCCAAAGCAAUAAAUUAAAUUCGCGCAGGUCAUGUUCCAUACAAUGGAAGUGAUUCAAAUUUAUUUCGGUGGCUGUUAUUUUUGUUUUCGUAUUUAGAUGGAUAUUGAAAUGGCUUUGCUUUGCUUUUCUAUGUUAUGUUGAAAACGUUUGAAUCGGAUAGUGAGAAGUAUAAAGCUAUAGCUUUAUAAAGCGCGUGGAUGGUAAAAAUAAUACAUUUUUUAAAUCAAUUUAUUAUAUUAUAAUACAUGUUUGAAGACAUUUUAUUAUAGUUUUUCCUUGCAACAAAAUCUAAAAUUAUGUCCAAUUUACAAAAUCUGUUCAACUCAUUUUCGGCUAUUGAAUGAAAUCGUUUUGAAAAAAAAAAUAAACACACA